AUGAGUAUAUUUGAAGAGGUUUCUGACUCAGUAAGAGUUCAAUUUGUGAGCUCUAUGUUACUUAGUGAGGACUCAGACAGAAACCUCAUGCUUUGCCUUCAGAAUGAAGCUGAUAAAAUGGAAAAUCCUACUGAACCUCUUAAUAAGACAACUUGUUUGUCCACUGAAGUUGAUUCUACUCCAUGCUUGUCAGCUCUUAAACUUCCACCAACAGAAAUGGAGCAAAGCUUUGGUUUGGUCACAACCACAGCCACAGAGGUUGCUGAUGAAGAGUUUACUGCGGAAAACAUGAUGCAAUUCCAUCUUUUACAAGAUGACAAAACAGAUGAAGUUUCCCCCAUGUCUAAUGAUGAAGAGUCAAUAGUUAGUCAAGCAUGGUUCACAGGUAGGGAAGCUAAGGACGCUCUAACCAAUCAAGGACAUAAAUGGAAACAGGGGAUGUGGUCCAAGGAAGAAACAGAUAUUCUGAUGAGGAACAUCGAAAGGUAUAUGGAAGAACAUGGAGUAGAGGAUCCUGCAGAAAUCAUUUUUAAGAUGUCAAAAGGUAAAAGAAAAGAUUUCUACAGGUCUAUAUCUUUGGGUCUGAAUCGACCUUUGUUUUCAAUCUAUAGAAGAGUGGUCCGAAUGUAUGAUGAUAGAAACCAUGUGGGUAGGUACAACCCUGAAGAAAUAGAGAAGCUCAAGGAGCUCUGGCAGAAGUAUGGCAAUGAUUGGAUAACAAUAGGAGCUGCCAUGGGAAGAAGUCCAUCUUCCGUCAAAGACCGGUGCCGACUGAUGAAGGAUGCUUACAACACAGGGAAAUGGUCUGAAGAAGAAGAACAGCUUCUUGGAGAUGUGGUUCAUGAAUUGACAUGCACCGAGGUGGAUGAGAAAGUUACCCAGGGUGUGUGUUGGGCAACAGUGGCUAAAAGAGUGGGCACUCGCUCAGCAAAGCAGUGUCGUGCUAAAUGGCUCAACUACUUGAACUGGAAACAGACUGGAGGUAUUGAGUGGACAAGGAAAGAUGAAGUCAUUCUCGUCCACAGGUUAUCAGAUCUUGAUGUAGCUGAUGAAAGUGAAAUUCCCUGGGAUGAAUUAGCUAAAGGAUGGGAAAGUGUUCGUUCACCACAAUGGCUGCGAAGUAAAUGGUGGACCAUCAAAAGGCAAAUAACAAAUCACAAGGAUUACAUUCCAGUCCUAGUAAGAUGUCUUCAACAAGAAUAUAAAAACCAGAGCGCCAGCCUCCGAUUUUGGGAGAAUAAAACUGGAUCUGAAUUAUCAGCUAGCCACACUGAUAUCAGUGCUCAACAAGGCCCCUUUGGAGUCACAGGAAUAGAAGGUAAUAACAUGACAGGAUUGCAAAUUACUCUCCAGCUCAUCCCCAGGCCCUCAGCAGACUUACCUGCUGCUGUCAUUGACUCUGAAACCAUAACCCUGCCCACUGGACCACAAUAG